AUGAAUGCCGAUCAGGCUUCAUCUCCUUCCUCUUCUGUCCCCCCUAGUGCUGCUUCUCAAUCUUCAUUGAUGGUAGAAGCGGACUUGAAAGUAAAAAGCCGCUAUCACUUGUUGUCCCCUGAAAAGAGAGAAGAGUUAGAAGCAAUUGAGGCUCGACAGAUAUUGGAACAGAUGCGUCAAGACCGCUUCGCUCUCUACGAGGAUAGAAAGCGUGCACUUGCCUCUAUUGAGGAGGACCGUAACAAAAAGAAGUGA